AGGGGGCCCGGGCCCGCCCUGCUCGCCGCUCCUAGCGCGCGCGCGGCCCCACCCGUCUCACUCCCCUGCGGACCGGACAGAGCUCGGGCUGCUUGCUCUGCGCUCCCCAGAUCCCUGGUGAGCUCUCCACCUUGUAGUCUCCUUGGGUGACCCAGUGGGCAUCGAAAGUCACCAUGUUCAGCUGGCUGAAGAAGGGCGGGGCCCGGGGCCAGCGACCUGAGGCCAUCCGCACUGUGACCUCGUCCCUCAAGGAGCUGUAUCGCACAAAGCUGCUCCCCCUGGAGGAACACUACCGCUUCGGGUCUUUCCAUUCACCGGCCCUCGAAGAUGCUGACUUCGACGGCAAACCCAUGGUGCUGGUGGCCGGCCAGUAUAGCACCGGCAAAACCAGCUUCAUCCAGUACCUUCUGGAGCAGGAGGUCCCUGGCUCCCGCGUGGGUCCCGAGCCCACCACCGACUGCUUCGUGGCUGUCAUGCACGGCGAGACGGAGGGCACCGUGCCCGGAAACGCUCUCGUUGUGGACCCAGAAAAGCCCUUCCGUAAACUCAACCCUUUUGGAAACACUUUCCUCAACAGGUUUAUGUGUGCCCAACUCCCCAACCAGGUCCUGGAGAGCAUCAGCAUCAUCGACACGCCUGGCAUCCUAUCAGGUGCAAAACAGAGAGUGAGCCGGGGCUACGACUUCCCAGCUGUCCUGCGCUGGUUUGCUGAGCGCGUGGACCUCAUCAUCUUGCUCUUUGAUGCCCACAAGCUGGAGAUUUCCGAUGAAUUCUCAGAGGCCAUCGGUGCCUUGCGUGGCCACGAGGAUAAGAUCCGCGUGGUACUCAACAAGGCAGACAUGGUGGAGACACAGCAGCUGAUGCGCGUCUACGGGGCGCUUAUGUGGGCGCUGGGCAAGGUGGUGGGCACGCCUGAGGUCCUUCGCGUCUACAUUGGCUCCUUCUGGUCCCAGCCGCUCCUUGUGCCGGACAACCGGCGUCUUUUCGAGCUGGAGGAACAGGACCUCUUCCGUGAUAUCCAAGGCCUACCGCGCCACGCAGCGCUGCGCAAGCUCAACGACCUAGUGAAGCGGGCGCGGCUGGUGCGGGUACACGCUUACAUUAUCAGCUACCUGAAGAAGGAGAUGCCCUCGGUGUUUGGAAAGGAGAACAAGAAGAAGCAGUUGAUCCUCAAGCUGCCUGUCAUCUUCGCGAAGAUCCAGCUGGAGCAUCACAUCUCCCCUGGAGACUUCCCUGACUGCCAGAAGAUGCAGGAGCUGUUGAUGGCACAUGACUUCACCAAGUUCCACUCGCUAAAGCCGAAGCUGCUGGAGGCGCUGGAUGACAUGCUGGCCCAAGACAUUGCCAAGCUUAUGCCGCUGCUUCGGCAGGAGGAGCUGGAGAGUGUCGAGGCUGGAGUGCAGGGCGGUGCGUUUGAGGGCACCCGCAUGGGUCCUUUCGUGGAGCGGGGCCCUGACGAAGCAAUAGAGGAUGGCGAGGAGGGCUCCGAAGAUGAUGCCGAAUGGGUGGUGACCAAGGACAAGUCCAAAUACGAUGAAAUCUUCUACAACUUAGCUCCUGCUGAUGGCAAGCUGAGUGGCUCUAAGGCCAAAACCUGGAUGGUGGGCACAAAGCUACCCAACUCUGUGCUGGGAAGAAUCUGGAAGCUGAGCGAUGUCGACCGAGACGGCAUGCUGGAUGAUGAGGAGUUUGCCCUGGCCAGCCACCUCAUUGAGGCUAAGCUCGAAGGCCAUGGGCUACCCACCAACCUACCCCGCCGCCUGGUGCCGCCUUCUAAGCGACGACAGAAAGGCUCUGCUGAGUGAGACACAGCGACUGCUGGCGCAUCCCCCCUCUUUGCCCUGCUGUGGCUCCCCAGCUCCAGUUGGCUACACGGCUACACGCGGAUCCCUGCUCCGGCCCACUCACCCUGUCUGCCUACCCUGCCUGGCUAUAAGGACUUGAGCGGGGAGCUUCUUUCCCACACCAGACAUUCAGUGAAAGCACUUAUAGAGGACCAGGGGAGGGAGUGACAAACCUUCUCUGUCCGUUCUUCACACCUACACCUUCACAUACACGGAGCUUAUCACAGAAACAUACACAGACAUCCAUCCAUCAUUCAUAUAAAGACCUGUAUUCUUUUUCCUUUUAUUUUUUGAAAGCGUCUCAUAUAACCUAGGCUACCCUUGAACUUCUUAUGUAGCUGAGGAUGACCUUGAACUCUUCAUCUUCCUGGCUCCACUUCCUGUGUGCCGGAGUUGCAGGCAUGAACCACCAUGCCUGGUUUGUGCAGUCCUUGGGUUUGAGCCCAGCGCCUCCUGCAUACCAGGCAAGCACUCUAUCAACUGAGCUACAUCCACAGCCCCACCCAGAUAUUUAUUGAGCACUUACUGUAUGCUGGGCCCUGGUGGACCCGACUCUCAGGAGUGUGACAUCUACAUAGUCACGCAAACACUGAUAACCAGCAAGACCCCUUUUUAUAGGUAAGCAGCUCCGGUUACUCAGCUGUGCUAAGGCUCCCUAUGCUUUUGUGUCUUCAGGUGUCAGGCUCACUGGGGGUUCAGAGCGGACACUUGGCUUCCUUGUUCCUCUCAUGAACCUCUUUCGCUUUCCUACCCACAAAUCCUAAAUUCUGACCACAUCCAGUUCACAAAGGUUGUGCAGCUGAUAGAAAAACCGCAACUUCUGGCUCCUUCGAGGAUGGCUUCCAUUCCCCAGAGCCCAUGGUCUCCCUAGCGUGUGGGAUUGGGAACCAAAGUAUCCGGCCCCUCUGCCCGCCUUCAGGUCAUAUUUAAGUAAAGUCCCUAUCAAAGACCCAUGGGGUGGGAAUAGGAGAUGCUUUACCAAAGCCCAGGUUUUCAUGGAUAUCCUGGGGGAUUGGGAAUUCUCGGUGCUAUAGCCUCUCCUCCUCUCUACAGGGGCCUCACACACUUUAUGUCUUCUCAUCCUUAGUACAUGACCCUGGUGGGAGAAAAAAAAAUAAGAUGGGGGGGGGUUUGAGGACAGCUAGAAGGGGUGGAAAACCCAAGAGUGUCUCCUAUGGGGCCAAUAAAGCCAAAGCUGCUGCUUGUGUCGCUGUCAGGCUAUCUUGGGGCGGGGACCCCUAAGGAAGAGGUGCCUGGGGGACCAUUCUGGCUCACAGGGGCGGUGCAGCUUGUGACUCAACUCUGCGCUGACUCAGUCUCAGGCUGGGGGCCAGUCCUGCAUAUUUUCCGAAGAAAAGUUACUCAGGGCCCUCCCCACCCUUGGGACACCCCUCCCUCCCGCUUUCCGCCGUGGGGCCUGGGAACCCAGUUCUGGGCGUGGACGAGGGGCCAGAGCCAGUUUGUAUACAGUUUGUCCUUAGUCUCCAAAGUACCAUCCAGCGCGUACUGACACGAAUCGAAUGCACCAGAGCAGAUCCUGUAGCCCAAGACCACUGGGUCCUGGAGGAGGGAUUAGUGUAAGAGUGCACAGGACACUGACCCGGCCCAUACCCGGUGCGUCCAAGACACGUUGGCCUGGAGAAUCUCCCGCCCACGCAUGCCCUGCUCCGCAGCCGUGGGCGCCCUCUGGUGGAAAGGUAGUGACUCAGGCCAGGCCAUCACCUCAAUGCCCUGCCCAAGGAUGAGCUGAGUUCUACCCUAUGACCCUGGCGAGACGUGUUCCCUCCCCGGCCUUUUUUUUUUUUUUUUCUUCCUUUAGGAGUCCAUUUUAAUUCCAGCGUACCAAUCUGAGCCUGGGGUGGGGGUGGGGCGCAGUGUGUGCUCAAGUCUUUAAUCCCAGCACUCGGUAGAUAGAGGCAGCUGGUGGAUCUGUGAAUUGGAGGGCAGCCUGGUCUACAGAGUGAGUUCCAGGACAGCCAGGGCUACACAGAGAAACCCUGUCUCGAAAGAUAAAUGCGUGCUGUGGCUAGGGCUGCAGCUCAUUGUUAACAGAACUUGCCCUGCUUUCACAGGACUCAGUUUUCCACCUUUUGCAUGACCUGAAAACAAAAGUAAAAACAAAACCUUCUGUAGAUCUCUUUGGAUGACUACCACCUCCCAGGGGCCGGGGGAUGGGCGUGGGAGCAGUGAUAGUUGGCUGGCACUCGGAUGCUAGGCACCAAUAUUCUAGGUCUGGAACUUUAAGAAAGUUUACUCUUUAUUUUCAUUUAUGUGUGUGUUUUGAGUUCAUGCAUGCACAGGUCUGUGGAUCCCAAGGAGCUGAAGUUACAGUUGUGAGCCACUACAUGGGGCCUGGAAGAGCAGCCAGUGCUUUUAACAUCUCUUCAGGCCACAUACU